AUGAUGAAGUUGUUGUUAUCAUUGGUCUUUCUACUACAGACAGUUUGGUCUUUUCAGUUCCCGUUUGCUAUUCCAAAUCUAUUCAGUUCCCCACUGUACCAACAUGCACAUUACUCCAAAUUAGAUCCAGAUGACCAACCAAUUGAUUUGUUACAAUACAAAGAUGAUGUGGUGAUCAGAGUUUCUUAUGCCAGUUCCCCACCUUUAAAAGAGUUUCUCGCCAACCCAAAAGAAGUCCAAUUUAACAAAUGGGGCAAGAACAGUAAUCAACAUACUAUUGAUAUACAAAUUGAAGAGGAAGAGCUUGUUAAAUUGAUUGAAAAGUUCCCUUCCUUGGAAUACCACACGAUUAUCGAGGAUUUACCCCAACACAUUUAUGAGACUUUCCCGGUAUCUGAGCAACAAGUUAUCACACAAGAUGAGGAUUUCCACGUUCAAUCAGAGUUGUUCUUCAAAGAGUACCGUGAUUUAGCUACUAUUAAUUCGUGGUUGAACUUGUUGCAGGCCACUUAUCCUGAGGUGGUUAAAAUUGAGGAAAUUGGAGACACUUUUGAACACAGAAAGCUCAAUGUUGUUCACUUUUCUGUGCCAAAUGAUGAUAUAGAACACCAUAACAAGAAAACUAUUGUAAUUACUGGUGGUGUUCAUGCUCGAGAAUGGAUUUCGGUGUCAAGCACCUUGUACAUGAUUUACCAAUUGGUCAAGCUCUACGGCACCUGGCCCAAUUCAAAAAUAUUAACUCAGUUGAAUUUCUUGUUCAUUCCGGUAACAAACCCUGACGGAUAUGAGUAUACUUGGACAACUGACAGAUUGUGGCGUAAAAACCGCCAAGAAACACCAAUUCCAAGAUGUUUUGGUAUUGAUAUUGACCAUUCUUAUGGGUACCAUUGGACCAAGUCUUCUGAUUGGGCUUGUGGUGAAGAAUAUAGCGGCGAAUUUCCUUUCGAAGCGUUUGAAUCUCGCUUGUGGGAUGAGUAUUUGAACAACACCAAUAAAGAUCACACAAUUUAUGGCUAUAUUGACUUACACUCAUAUUCACAAGAAAUCUUAUACCCUUAUGCAUACUCAUGCGAGCAACAACCAAGAGAUGAAGAGAAUUUGAUUGAAUUGGCUUGGGGUAUUGCUAAAUCGAUUAGAAUGAAGCUGGGCUCCAAUUACAAUGUCUUACCUGCGUGUAUCGACAAAGAUUCAGAUUUGUUGCCUGAUUUAGGAGCAGGUUCUGCAUUGGACUACAUGUACCAUAAUCGGGCAUUUUGGGCAUAUCAGUUCAAAUUGCGGGAUACUGGUGGCCAUGGUUUUUUGUUACCUGCUAAGUACAUUGAACCAGUUGGAGAUGAGAUUGUUUCUGCUAUAUUGUAUUUUUGUAAGUUUAUACUUAGUGAUGAUCGUUAA